AUGUCUCACGAGGAAGACCUUAUCGAUUACUCCGACGAGGAGCUUCAGACCACCACCGCGCCCGCUGCGCCCGCCGCUGCUCCUGCCAAUGGCGGUGCCGAGAAGCAGGGUGAUCUGACUGUCUCGGGUCGUCCCGACAAGAAGGGCAGCUAUGUCGGCAUCCACUCGACCGGUUUCCGUGAUUUCCUGCUGAAGGGAGAACUACUUCGCGCCAUUACCGACUGCGGUUUCGAACAUCCAUCUGAGGUCCAACAGACUUGCAUUCCCACCGCCAUGCUGAACGUCGAUGUUCUCUGCCAGGCCAAGUCCGGUCUCGGUAAGACCGCGGUCUUCGUUCUGACGACCCUCCACCAGCUGGAGCCCGUUGCCGGCGAGUGCUCCAUCCUCGUCAUGUGCCACACUCGUGAGCUCGCCUACCAGAUCAAGAACGAAUACGCCCGUUUCUCCAAGUAUCUACCCGACGUCAAGACUGCCGUGUUCUACGGUGGUACCCCCAUCCAGAAGGACAUCGACCUUCUGGCCAACAAGGACACUCACCCCAACAUUAUUGUCGCCACUCCCGGUCGCCUGAACGCCCUUGUCCGCGACAAGAAGUUGUCUCUGCGCAACGUGAAGUCCUUUGUCCUUGACGAGUGCGACAAGAUGCUCGAUCAAAUUGGUGAGUCUGAAAUCAGUGAUCCCGUGAAGCGACGUAUCGUUAAUGAAGGUUUUGCAGAUAUGCGCCGUGACGUUCAGGAGAUCUUCCGUGCUACUCCCUCCGAGAAGCAAGUGAUGAUGUUUAGUGCAACUCUCUCCAACGAAGUCCGCCCCAUCUGCAAGAAGUUCAUGCGCAACCCUCUCGAGGUUUACGUCGACGACGAUACGAAGCUCACACUGCACGGUCUGCAGCAGUACUACGUCAAGCUGAGCGAGCAGGAGAAGAACCGCAAGCUCAAUGAGCUGCUGGACAACCUCGAGUUCAACCAGGUCAUCAUCUUUGUCAAGAGCACCCUCCGUGCCAACGAGCUCGACAAGCUGCUGCGCGAGUGCAACUUCCCCAGCAUUGCUGUUCACUCCGGUGUCAGCCAGGAGGAGCGUAUCAAGCGCUACAAGGAGUUCAAGGAGUUCAACAAGCGUAUCUGUGUUGCCACCGAUGUCUUUGGCCGUGGUAUCGAUAUCGAGCGUAUCAACCUGGCCAUCAAUUACGAUCUCCCCGCCGAUGCCGACUCCUACCUUCACCGCGUGGGUCGUGCCGGUCGUUUCGGUACCAAGGGUCUGUCCAUCUCCUUUGUGAGCAACGAGGAUGAUGAGAAGGUCCUGAAGGACAUUGAGAAGCGUUUCGAGGUCGCCCUUCCGGAGUACCCCGAGGGCGGUGUUGACUCGACCACCUACAUGGCCUAA